AUUUCUACCCAAGGCAUUUCAUUGAUAGCAAUAUGUCUAGCUUUGUGAUUGUUGAUUAUGUUGUAUUCUGCCUUACUAUUUCGAUUUCUCUUGGGAUUGGUGUCUACUAUGCCAUUGCUGGCCAAAAAACAACCUCCGAAUACCUUGUCGGUGGUCGUCAAAUGAAAAUUCUACCCGUGGCAAUAUCACUCAUGGUUUCCUUUGAAUCCUCCAUUAUGAUGCUAGGAUUUCCGGCGGAAACUUACGUCUAUGGAAUGAUGUUUUGGUUGUCCAAUUUCGGAUUUCUUACCUCAUGUCUCCUCGCUACUCGCAUGGUCGUACCACUGGUUCAUCCAUUGAAAAUUACCAGCAUAAAUGAGUAUUUUGAAUUACGAUAUAACAGCCGAUACGUGCGGUUGCUGAAUCUGACGAUGGGGUACAUUAAUUACAUUUUAUAUAUGGGCAUUGUAUUGUUUGGUCCUGGUAUUGCAUUGGAAUCAGUGACCAACUUUCCUAUGUGGGCUUCGACUCUAGUCGUAGCUGUUUGUUCAGUAAUAUAUACGUCUAUUGGUGGUAUAAAAGCAGUGAUUUGGACAGAUGUAUUUCAAAGCCUAGUCAUGUUCAUGGGUAUAUUUGCCAUUCUUAUAAAGGGCACAAUGGUUGCUGGUGGAUUAUCAAAUGUAAUUGAAAUUAACAAAAACACAGGAAGAUUGGAUAUUUUGAAUUUUGACCCUGACCCUACAAUCCGUCACACCUUUUGGAGCCUUGUUAUUGGUGGUUGUCUUCGUAUGGUGAGUUUGAACACUGGACAGACCACUGUUCAAAGAAUUGUCUCUACCCCAACUCAGAAAGCUGCUAAUAGAGUCCUCUAUUUAGCUGGACCUGCUUUCUUCAUUACCUUGACUUUGGCCACACUGGAGGGAGCCGUGGCUUAUGCGUUCUUUUCUUCCCUUGGUUGUGAUCCUCUGAAGUCUAAAAAAAUUUCCAACCCCAACCAGGUUGUGCCUUUCAUGGUUUUAGAGAUUUUCAAAGAAGCUCCAGGAAUGGCUGGGCUGUUCAUGGCCUCCCUUUUCAGUGCGUCAUUAAGUACACUUUCCUCUGGGUUGAGUAGUCUCUCAGCUCUAGCCAUUGAAGAUGUCGUUAGACCAACGUUUAAGUCCUUGUCAGAAAGAUCGGUGACAUUAAUAGCAAAAAUAUCAGUUGUGGUGAUCGGUGCUCUAUGUGUCGGUGUGUCCUUUCUUAUAGCCAAGAUAAAAGGGCCAAUGUCGCAGAUAUCAUUCAGUGUUCUUGCUGCUUUUGGUGGUCCUGCAUCAGGGCUAUUUCUUUUCUCGGUGUUUUGUCCUUGGGGGAAUGCAAAGGGGGCAAUUAUAGGAACAUUGCUGACAGCAGUGGUGGGAUUGUGGAUUACCACUGAACAAAAUUUCUCCACAACCCUUAAACGUACUCCUGGACUCCCACCGGGACCAACAGACAAAUGCUAUGACAUGACGUCACUAACAAAUAUGACGUUUAUGAGUACAACCAUGAUGCAGAACACUUCUUGGCAAGAAGCAACGACAAGUUUAGUCAAAGAAUCGAUACCUCAGAGACCGCAAGGUUUGGACCGUUUCUAUUCUUUAUCAUACCAAUGGCUGACUGGAUUCCUCAUAAUCGUAUCACUGAUAUUUUGUUCAUUGGCUAGUAUAAUAAUUGGUCGCCCUGAUCCAGCAACGGUAGAUGUUCGUUAUGUUCUUCCAUUUUUUGACCAGUUCUUUCCAUUUUUACCGAAAAAGUUACGAAAGAAGUUAUAUGGAGGGGUACCUUUUGAAAAGAGAGAAGAAUUAAUUAAGAAAUUGGAAGAAGAAAAGAAACAGGAGAAUGAGUUUGAGGUACCGGAAGUGUUGGAAAAACUUAAUGGCGGUAGCAAAGAGCACGUGGAGAACAAGUCUGAAGAGUCUUCUCCUUUAACGCCCAUUGAUGAAUUGAACAAAGAACAGACUGAAAUUCCAGCAGAUGAAGUUGUUUUAUUAAACAUUUCAACGAACAAGAAUAAUAUUGAAUGAAAAUAUAUGAAGAGCUUAUGUUGUUUUAAUGCCAUUUAUGAAUAUCACAUGUGAGGUUAAACAAAUAAAUUUUCAUUUUUCUCA